AUGAACUGCUUGUUUCACCUUUGGCCACUUCACGGUCGCCAGAUGCUGGAAUCCGGAAAGGGAACACGUUCGGGUGAGAAUCUCACACACUUGAAGAAUAUAAAGUACCUUCAAGUGGAAUGCAGCAUUCUCCGGGCUCAUCGCCACGACAAAUGCUUAGAAAGAACGUUGCCUCCAUGGCCAACCAUGCAGGGAAAAUCCUAUAAAGCCGCAUCUCUUGCCCUCCUGAGUGUCCGUUCCAUUACUCCUAUCUUGCGGAUCUACAUAAAUAUAGCUGCAGUGAAAGUAUUUGCUCAGAGUGUCGAGGAGCAGGCCAUCACACAGCCGGUAAAAGGCCCGUCGCCUCCAGCGCCUUCGGGCAUUUUCACAGCUGCGCAUACACCUGAACUAUCUAUGAGUAGGAUGGAGGAAUUAAGCUAUAGUUCGCACCCUUAG